AUGUCAACAACACAAACCAAGAAAAAAUCCAUCAAAAAAUCGGAAGCCUACACACAAAAUUCGAAAAUAAUUCUCAGGAAAUUCUUAAGAUAUUAUUCACUCGUUUCCAGGAAGAAUACUUCAUCACCAUGUACAAUGGAAGAAAUAUCUACAAAGAAAAAGAAGGAAAAUUUAAAAGGAAUAUUUGCUAGUCUUCCGUUGGAUGUGGUGAUUGGAAAUGUGUUUCCUUUUAUUUCUUAUUUUGAAUUGUUGACUUCGUUUUGCUGUAUUUCAAAAGAGUGGUACUUGUCGAUUUGGGAAAAGUAUAUUAUGAAUUCGUCAAUUUCUCGAUUAUUGUUGAAUUUUAGUAGGAGUUUGAAGAGAUCUUUCAAUUUUGGAAAAUUGGGAGGAAAAUAUGACAAGUUUCCAAUAUUAUUGCCAACCUAUGAUGAUCAUAUAAUGUGUGAUACGAAUAGAGGAUUUGUAAAAUAUGAACCAGUUGUUCUGAUUGGAGAAGGAUGUGAACAGAAACUUUGUAAAUUACAAAAUUUCACUAGAAGUUGUAAAUAUUUAUCAGACUUGAAAUUUGAUCCUCUUUCAAGCUUGAGAGAGACUGGAGUACCUAGAGAAAAAUUACUAAUUUAUCAGGAUAGUGAAAUAUUAUCCCCUGACUUACACACUGUCGAAUUUUUCAGAAAACAUGUUACCAAUAAUUUGAGAGGUGCUGCCAAAUCAUAUUCCAACAAAUCCAAUGUGAAUAUUCCACAAGCUAGCUUCAGUAUUCCUGAAGUUUUUAUUGAUGCUCUUCUCAGUAACAAGUCUCAAUUGUCUGAUUAUUUCUUCACCGAUGAAUUAAAGAAGGAAAUUAGGAAUUUAAAUGUGGUAGAUGCAGAUCAGAAUAAGGCCUGUAUGGGAGUAGUUGUGUGGAUUUUGAGAGAGAUUUUGAGUUUUUAUUUCAUGAUGUUUGAAUAUCGAUUAUUUAGCACCAAGUAUGCCAAUGCACACAUUCCUAAUAAUGACUCGCCAUCAAAUAUUAAGGUAUCAAUGCGAGAGAAGAGAUUAUCUUUGUUUAAUUUUGAGGGUUCACAUCAUUUUAAAGAGGGAUCAAUUCUCGAUUGUUUUUCUCAGGUAAUUGAUACAAUUUAUGGAAUGAAUAUCUUGAAUGCAUCAACGUAA